AUGGAGACGUCGCCGCCAGGCACGGAGUGCACCGAACUGCUGCGGGGCCGGGGCCAGGCUGGGCCUGGCGCGGUUUCUCAGGCUGCAGCAGACUUGAAGCAAUUCUGCCUGCAGAACGCGCAACAUGAUCCCUUACUGACAGGAGUAUCAUCGAGUACAAAUCCAUUCAGACCCCAGAAAGUUUGUUCAUUUUUGUAA